AUGACCGGGACGCGGACCAAGAGGACCUGUUUGCACCGCGCAGUGCUGCCGGCGGACCCCACGCGUGUCGACCUCGCUGGCUUCCUGGCGCCGGCCACCACCGUGGAAACGAAUGGCGGGCUCUUCCACCAGGUCACCAUGGCGACGGUGGCGCAGCACUGCCAGUUCGACUACGCCCACUUCCCGUUCGACACACAGACGUGCCUGAUCCGGCUGCGUUCGACGUCGCCCAACGCGCGGCUCAACGUCUCUGACGUGCGGCUGGAGCCGGACUUUGACGCGCUGCAGCAGAAGUUCGCCGUGCGUGUGCGGCAGCGACAGCCAGCUGCCGCCCACGAGCAGGCGGUGGAGCUGCAGUUGCGGCGACGCAUCGGCGCGCACCUGGCGCGGCUUUACGCUCCCAGCGCGCUGCUGGUGUCGGCCAGCUGGCUGGCGGCGCUGGUACCCGUCUCGCUGAUCCGCAGCCGGCUGCCGGUCACCAUUCUUGCCCUGCUGACGCUGCUGCUGACCGAGGCGCCGCGCUCCGCCGCACACGCCUGGGAGAUCGGCUGCCUGGUGUUCUCGCUGGUCAGCGUGCUGGAGGCUGUGCUGGACAUGAGCAUCUCGCACGACUGA